AUGGAGGAACUUUCGUUCAGAAUCAAUGCAGUGUUCCCUUUCGAAAAACGCCGGGAUGAAGUGCGUUACGCAACGUGGACGAUGGUCUCAAUCACCACCACCUAUCUCUGCUGUUCGUCUCUUUCUUUGUUCAUUUCCGUCAUGGGCGCGGAACACAUCUUCCCUAACAGCACACUUCUGUACAACGAGGAUCACAGCAGUACUCGAUUCUACACUCUUGCCACCGACGUGGUCAGCAUCCUGGUCGCUGUGAACAGCUUACUUCGAUUACCCGUCUAUAUGCUCUGCAGUCCAAAUCUGAGAGAACAACUGCUCAAGGAAUUCCCCAUGCUCAAUUGGUGUUCAGUCGAAAGGAAGAAGUUGGAGUCAGCGGACGAGAAGUACUCUCCUUACCAACCGGCACUUCUCGGCCGACCGACAAUGCUGUGA